AUGGAUGCCUUCGACGUGGAUGCGGCGAUGCAGGGUGCCCUUGGUGCCGUGGGGCAGCUUCGCCUCUCGGCGGCAUGGGUCCUGAGGAGGCGACACCAUGCCUUUCAGAACGCGGUGAGAAUCGUUGCGUCAAAGCUGCCCGCCGUUGAGCUAUCGCCACGGCCAUGUGCUGAGACUUGGUUUGUUCCGUCUUCCGCGGGCGCCAUCCAAAGCUGCCUUGGACAGUCUCUCCGAGAGUCUGUGCUGGGGGUUGCAAGGAUCUUGCAGCACGAGCCGGUAAGUCCUAUGAGAGUGGACGGCACCUGGUACAGGACGAUCUGGCUGAAGGAUCCUGACGUCGUUCAAAUCAUCGAUCAGAGGCAUCUGCCACACGAGUUCGUGAUAGAGGAUGUCCGCUCUUUGGAUGAGAUGAGCAUCGUCAUCAAGGACAUGCAUGUACGAGGUGCUGGCCUCAUAGGCUGUGCUGCCGCAUACGGGAUGUACCUGAGCCUGCGCGAGCUGAGCAAGACCAGCAGCGCUAAAGAGGUUCGGGAGCGCCUUGAGCAUGCCUCACAACAGCUGCGGGCAACUCGCCCGACAGCAGUGAACCUCCGAGUCGGUGUUGAGAAGGUUGCAAAGGCCGUGGAAAGCGUCCUGGGACCGAAUGGUGGCAGCCUAGAGGCUGCGCUGGGCGCUGCUCGCAAGGAAGCCGCUAGAAUCACAGAUGAGGAUGCUGAUUUCUGCCGCCGCAUCGGUGAAGCGGGGGCAGAUCUCCUGCAGCAGCUCUACGAGAGGAAGAAGGCAUCGGCAAGUCCAGAAGACAAGCUCACGAUCAACGUGCUAACACACUGCAAUGCUGGCUGGCUGGCAUUUGCUGACUGGGGCUCUGCAUUGUCUCCGGUUUACGCGGCUUUCGACAAGGGUCUUCCGAUCCAUGUCUGGGUUGACGAGACCCGACCACGUAACCAGGGAGCCUCGCUAACUGCUUGGGAACUGGCCAAGCAUGGAGUGCGGCACACCGUGAUCGCCGACAACGCCGGUGGUCAUCUCAUGAGGACCGGACUAGUGGACGUGGUCAUCACCGGUGCAGACCGAGUCUCGAGCUGCGGAGAUGCCUGCAACAAAAUCGGCACGUACUUAAAGGCCCUGGCGGCCAAAGACAACAACUUGCCGUUCUACGUUGCUCUUCCGUCCAGUACGAUCGACUGGCGUCUUAAAGACGGGGCAGACAUCCCUAUCGAACAGCGUGGUGACGAAGAAGUCAAGUACGCGGAGGGCCUCUGUGAGGAUGGUAAGCGUCGCAAGGUCCUCCUGACCCCGGCAAACAGCUCAGCUGGCAAUUGGGCGUUUGAUGUGACACCAUCACGCCUGGUCACUGGACUGCUGACGGAGCGUGGUCUGUCGGAAGCGUCGGAGAAGGGCCUCGCAGCUCUUUUCUCCGAGGCUGAUCGGACCUGA